GUCCCAUCCCAUCCCUUCCCAUCCCGUCCCGUCCCGUUCCCCCGUGCCGGGCCGGGCAGCGGUGAGGGCAGCGCGGUCGCAGCCAUGUCGCACGGAGCGCGAGUGAUCCGCACCGGGGUGAGCAGCGGGGGCCCCGCCGCCCCGCCGCCCGUCACCGUCGCCUCCUCGUCGGCGGGCUCGGACGUGGAGCUCAUGGACGGCGGCUAUUUCCGCUCCUGCGCCGGCAUGCUGAAGGUGGCCCAGAUGAUCUCACUGCUGAUUGCAUUCAUCAGCGUAAAUAAUUCUUCAUGGACAGAUUACAGUGCAUACAGCUUCUUCCAGAUYGUCACCAUGUGCGACUUGGUCAUGAUUUUGUUCUUCUACAUCAUGCACAUUUUCAGAGUCUACAGGAAUCUGACUUGUGUUAGCUGGCCACUCGCGGAGUUUCUUCAUUACCURAUUGGUACACUUCUGCUUCUCAUUGGAUCGAUUGUAGCAGCAGCCAAGAGUUACAAUAUAACUGGACUKGUGGCUGGAGCGACUUUCGGGUUCCUGGCUACAAUACUUUGUGUUAUAAGCAUGUGGUCAUCCUACAAGGUUUCGUGCAUCACAGAAUCAACAAAUGCAUCUGUGUGACUCCAUCAUCUGUGCAAGACGUCUGCCUUACAAAACAGGAUACCAAAGAGGAGUGUCCGCUACUGAGGAGAGAGCCAUGGGUGUUUUGUUACUAGCCUGGACAAGCUGGUAGCUUUGGAAGAUCURCUUGAAUGCCUGUGCAAAACAACGUUGUGAACCAAAGAUUUUUUGCUCCCCCCACUUCCCCCCACCCAAAGAAGUUUAUAACAGAGAACCUGCUUGUUUCGGAGAAAGGCAACUUCUGUCUCACAAGCUGGGCUGUGGUCAUAUGCAGCUAUUUGCAAUAGCUGGAAAUGUAUUUAAAACUCAUUUGGACAGUCAUUUGGUUUUCCUUUCAGAGGGAUGGAAAAAUUGCUUCUGAUUUCCUCUAUCUGUUUACACAAGGGAAAUCCUGCAAAUUCCUACUUGAUUCUUAACCUCCAGGAUUAUUUGUUUAACAAAGGAACUGUUACAAAGUAAUUUGUGCCUGGAGAAGCUGACCCAAGUCUUUGUUACCUCUUUGUAUCAGAACUGUGGACUUUUCCUAGCAUCAGCUCAGCCAGCAUCAAAAAUGAUGAACUGCAACUUGAAUACAUCACUGCAAACACUCCCUCCUAGCCCCAACAGUACACGAUGAAAUUGGGGGCUUUAACCAUGAAUUUUUAGCAAUCAAAGAUUAUUCUUAAGAACUUCCCUUGACAAAUACAUGAAAAUAUGUACCCAAGAAUAUAUGUUUAAUAUUUUGUGGGGUCUAUUUUUUUCUCCUUUUCACAGUAAGACCUCUUCUGUCAAAAAUUUCUGUGCAUUUGCUAUAAAUUAUUCUCUUUGUAAUCUAACAGUUUUUAUGGAAAGCCCAUUCUGAAUGGAGCAAUGUGCUUCUUUCUCUCUCUCUCUCUCUCUCUCUGUGGUUUUUCACUUCCUCUGCCUCAGUUGGAAUUUACGCUCUUGGGCACUCUGCCCAGAGCCUGGACAGACAGAACAGUUCAGUUUUGUCCAACCUGGUGUCAUCUUGAAGUUCUACAUAACUUCAGCACUGAGACAAUGCCUUCUUGGCACCUUUGUCUUUUCUAUUGCAGUCCAUCUCUGGUGAGCUGGAAAUUCUUUGUGGGAAAAAAGGAAGCGUGGGCCUCUCUUCCUCCUUGGAGCUUCUCUUUUCAUGUCUAGUUGUGAAGUAGAGCUUGGUUUAUUCUGUCAAGACAAUUGCAUGAKGGUGCAGCAGAAGUUGGGUUUAUACAGUUUACCAGGAACAGUCUGGAGAAAAAAGCAUUUUCUGGCCUGCCAUGUGUUUUUCUAUUUGUCAGAAAUUCCGCAUCAAUACUGCUGAGUAAUUUAAUGAUUCUCUCAGAAAAUUUUUGUUGUGCCUCAUAUCAGGUCAACAUAUAUUGCUAUUUAUUGUCACCUUACUUUUAUUCACAUCCUAAUAUAUGUAUCUUUACUCAGAAUUUUUUUAACUUUUUGACAAGAGAAAAUU